AGCAGCCAUAUGCGUCAUCAAGCCAAACACAUUCCGUGACGCCAUGCAAUACAUGGUUCCAUAAGAUGCCAAUAUUGCGCGCUGUGAUUCUUGGAGCCUGUGUGGCGGGCAACUUCGCAGUCCCAUCUCAGCUGACUGAUGAAACCGGUACUGGCGGCAGUAUACAAGCAACAGUGCCUAUUGCGUUUGAGCAACAUUCCGUGAGGAUGCAGUCAUCGUUGGUGUCCACUGAGAUGGGCAAUGCUCUCGAUCGGGGAGUCACUGCGGAGCUGAACAAUAUUACAUCUUCUGCUUCACAGGAUGGACAAUUUCAGACUAACCAGUCCUUCGCAGAGAAUAACUCAAAGGCCUUCCAGCAGCACGCACAGUCGAAGUGGGCAUCAAAGACGAGCUCUCCUCCAAGUGAGACCUGCCCCAUGUGCUGCCGAGGAAUGUUGAAAGAGUCGUGUCCAAGCCAACAAAGUCAAGCCAGUGAUCCUUGUGCUGACCAGUCGGUGUGCACCGGCUUUCACAGGUGCUUUGGAGCAAAGAGAGGUUUUGUACAGUGUCAGUACAAGCCUGGCUCAGAAGUGCGGUGCAAGACUGGACCAAAUUGUUUGCCAGAGUGCACGGGGACGCAACUCGGGAAAGAAGGCGACGACUGUGCUUUGCAGCCAGCGGCCGAGUGUGAAGGGUUCGUCCGCCGAGGAGGACAGGCAACCCAAUGCAAGGUGAAGAAAGGUGGAAAUCCCAGCGGUGCUGAUAUAUGUGACAAUGUAUACCUGUGUGGAGUUCGGUAGCGAGCUUGACGAGCAAUCAUACCAUUGAUUGCACAAAGCUAUGGCGUAAGCGAUGCUCGCUGGAGGGUUUGAAGCGCUAUCACAGUGGCUGUGAAUGCUGUGCGAAAUCGGAGUGUCGGCGCGCCAA